AUGGCCACCCCACCCACCGAACCCCAAGAGGAUUCCUCGCUCUCCCAAGAAGGCUGCUACGUCGCUCUGACCUCCUCCCCCCUCAGCAUACAAUCCGUGACCGACCGCGUGCGCUCCCCACAAGCAGGCGCCAUUGUCCUCUUCGCCGGAACAACACGGGACACCUUCGCCUCCAAACGCGUCACGCACCUCUCCUACAGCGCCUACACCCCCCUCGCCCUGCGCACGAUGCUCAGCAUCGCCGCCGAGCUCCACACCACCCACAACCUACGAGGCAUCGCGAUGGUGCACCGGCUCGGGGGAGGUGCCCGUCGGGGAGGAGAGCAUCCUGAUCGCGGUGUCGGCGGCGCACCGGCAGGCGGCGUGGCCGGGCGGGGGAGGCGGCGCUGGAGGCGUGUAAAGAGAGGGUGGAGGUGUGGAAGCGGGAGGAGUUUGCGGAUGGGGAGGGGGUGUGGCGGGCGAAUCGGGAUGGGGUGA